CUCACCAUCAAUCGAUCUAGAACGUGUGUACAGUUCUUAGACAUUUUUCGAUCGUCCUUUAUAAUACGUUCAAUAUUAUAAUUACCUAUAGUGGAGACUCGUAUUCUUCAACGUCAAGAAAAAUGUUGUCCAAGGUUAUCAUCGGUUCUUGCGUCCUGCUGUACGUCAGUUUUACGGUCCAAUCAUAUCCUCAAGGUUACGGCGGUGGUGGCGGACACGACGAUGACGACCACGUGGACUACUAUGCUCAUCCAAAGUACUCUUACAAGUACGGCGUACAAGACCCACAUACCGGUGAUUACAAGACCGCGCACGAGUACAGAGAUGGUGAUGUGGUGAAAGGGUCGUACAGCGUGCACGAUCCCGACGGCACGCUGAGGACCGUCGAGUACGUGGCCGACAAGGAAAACGGUUUUAACGCGGUUGUGCACAAGACCGGUCACUCCAACCAUCCCGACCACUACGAACACUAUUAGAAGCCAAAUAGGUAAAUGAUUACGCAAUGAUCUACUCCGAAGUAAUUAUAUGGCAUAUAACUUUCGAUAACUAUAUUCAUUUUCCAACAUAAAGGACACGGGAAAAUAAUUAUAUCACAGUCUAGUCCUUAAUUUAAUUGCUUUGACUUACUUGUCAGCAAAAUUAUCACACAUACUAUACUUUUAUACAUACUAUAAUCAUUACUAUUAUAUUAUUAUUUUUAUACUAUUUAUAUUAUUUUUUUACUUAUUAUAAGUUAUAGCUUAGGUAUAUCGGAAUGUUAAAAUGGUAGUAUAGCACACAAUUGUUGUUACUAUAUAGUACAUUAUUCUAUAGUAUACUGUAUUACCAUCAGUGUAAUGUAAAAAUACGCCUUGAAUUUAUAGUGGCUGAUAAUAUACCAAUAUUGCAAUUAAUAUAUAUUAUUUUAUAAUUUCAUUACCACAAAUACAUAAUACAUUUAUUUUCAAAGAUCUAUUUUUUUUUCUUAACGAACUCAUGUGUGACCGUCGCACUGAAAACUAGUUACGUUUAUUUUAGAAAAUUACUAUUAUUAUAUAACUAUAUAAGUAAUAUAAAUAAAUGUUUGAGAGAAAUAUUCUGGCUAUAUCCAAUUGGGUCUUCACGCAUGACAGAUAAAAAUCGAAGACAGAUUGGAUAAACCAAUAUUAUUGUUAUGAAAUAAUCACAUAGUUCAACAUAACAAUGUUAUUUAAAUAAAACCCCGGAAAACGUUGGUAAGGAGUAAUUGUAUUUUAGAUAUUAAGGCAACUAUGACACAUCAAGUGGUAUGUGUAAUUUUAUAUACUUAUUUUGUAUUAUAUUCAAUAUAUUGAAAUGGAAUUAUUUCAUUUCGAUACAAAUAAUUAACUA